AAAAAGAAAUCAAUAAAACUAUAAAAUUGGCAGUAAAUAAAGGAUAUAAAAACUGGUUGAGAUAUGUGGAAGAUCAAAUAGAAUCAAAAAAAAUCGAAGCUGGAAUGACUGAAAAGCAAACACAAAGAAUAUUAAAUACAAUUGAUAAUUAUGAGUAUUUAAUAAGAGUAAAAUUCAUUCGAGAUGAUACAGUAAUAUCAGUUGAGAAAACAAAAAAAGGCUUUAAAAUUAUUGACAAAUAUAAGCCUAUUCGUGAAUCAAAAAAAGCAGUUAGUAAAUAUGUCCGAGGUGCUCCAAAUGUUAUACUUACAAUGAAAAUAAAACCAGGCUUUUGGCUAGAAAUAGACAAAAAAUUUCUGGUUAGAGAAGUUAGUGUACAAUCUGAUGUAGAAAGACUUGAUA